GACAGCAGUGGUGACCUUGCGGGCACAACGCUGACUUUUUACCCCAUACAAUCCAGGACCUGAGUUUUUUCUUUGCUGGCUGCUGUUGCUGCCCACAUAAAUCUGUUUAAUUUCCCUUUCUUUUCAAACAGUUAUACGAAUCCAUGUCCCUCAGUUUAUUCACAAAAUCAGCACUAGCCUAUUCAAAGCAACCACUUUCAGCAGGGGGUCUCAGCCCCAUGAAAACUGUGAUAGCUGCCACUUUCCACACCAAUCAACAUUGUGCUGCUUCUGAAGCUGCUCAAACAGAGAUGAGAACCCCUGCUGCUCCAACUUCCUCAUCGCAAUGGACAGUCCAUUCUAUUCGUACAGGUGUCAUUGCUCGUAAGAAAGGAAUGACCUCAAUAUGGGACGAAUCGGGUGCUCGUUUACCUGUUACUAUUUUACAGUUGCAAGAUGUUGUGGUUACAGAUGUUCGAACAGAAGAUAAACAUGGAUAUACUGCUUUGCAAGUGGGAUGUACACCUAGGAAAGAAAAGAACGCACCUAAACCACUCAUAGAACACUUCAAAUCAUUAGGCGUGGGGUUACGUCAAAAACUAUUUGAAUUUCGAGUGACAAAGGAUGCUAUCCUCCCCAUUGGCACAGAAUUGAAAGCAGAGCAUUUUGUCACCGGACAAUAUGUGGAUGUCACAGCACCUUCAAUUGGUAAAGGUUUUGCUGGUGUUAUGAAAAGAUGGAACUUUAAAGGUCAACCUGCUUCCCAUGGUACUUCCUUGACACAUCGUUCAGCUGGUUCUACUGGCCAGCGUAAGUGGCCAAGUAAAGUCUUCAAGGGUAAAAAGAUGGCUGGUAGACUGGGUGGAGAAAACGUUACAGUGCAAAAUUUAAAGGUUGUGAAAGUGGACCCUGAAUUGAACUUACUCUUUGUUAAGGGAGCUGUCCCAGGGUUUGACGAUCAAUUUGUAAAGGUGAAGGAUGCAGUGAAAUUACGUGGUGAGAAGUUGUUUCCUAAAGAAGCUAUCCCGCCACCCUUCCCCACUGUUCAAUAGAAACUACUUUUUUUAAUUGUAAUAUAAAAUGAUUCCGUCAUCAUAAGAAAACGUACAAAAAAUAAAAAAGAAGCCUUGUAUAUUUUUAUUC